AUGGUCGGUGGCACCCACGGUGUCUCAUGGUUGAAUGUUGACUAUCGAGGUGGUAUACAAAUCGCGCUCUCUAAGACGCCUUUGUCUGGCAUAGUAAAAAGUACCGCGAAGUGCAUCGGUGGGAUCUACAAGCAUAGUCGGGGAGCAGCAGCGGAAGAGGCCAUGGACUCCUCAUCAGAUCUCUUCAAUCUCGAUGUCAACGACUCGACGAAUGAUCAUCCGCUCGGAGCCAUCGCUCUUUACGCUAUGGGUCUCUCCUACACGGUGUUCUUUGUCCUGAAAGUCGGGAGCAAUAUUGACAGUGUACGCGGAAUCUUCAGGUCUUAG